AAAGUAAGCCCCCAAAAUGGCAGUUGCAUAUGGAGAAGCCAAGUGGCCAUGAGUCUCCUCCCCUGGGCCUGGGGCUCGCCAUAUCACUCGCUACAUUACUAAGCAGUUAAAUCCUCUGCGUUUUCUUCUUCCAAAUCUCUCUAUCUGCACAAUAAACGAAAAUGAGCAAGGGACCGGGACUCUUCUCCGAUAUCGGCAAGAAAGCCCGAGAUCUUCUAACGAGAGACUACCUCUCCGAUCACAAAUUUUCUGUCUCCACCUACUCUGAAUCUGGAGUGGCCUUGACAACAUCCACAGUGAAAAAGGGAGGCUACUCAUCUGGUGAUGUGCAAGUCCAGUAUGCAUGCAAGAACACUUGUGCUGAUGUCAAAGUCGACACCGAAUCGAAUAUUGCAGCAACUCUAACUGUUACAGAUAUCAUCCCAUCAUCAAAGACCGUUGCAUCGGUGAAAUAUCCAAAUUUUGAGUCUGGCAAGUUGGAGUUUCAAUACUUUCACCCUCAUGCAUCCUUAACUGCAGCAGUUAGUCUGCACCAAACCCCUCCUGUCAACUUCUCUGCCACCCUCGGCACGCCUACCUUCGCCUUGGGUGCAGAGGCAGCCUACGAGACCUCCUCCCGUAAGCUGACAAAGUACACUGCAGGCAUCACCGUGACCAAGCCGGAUUCUUGCGCCUCAAUAACUUUGGGUGACAAAGGGGACACCCUAACGGCAUCAUUCAUACACUGCUUGGAUCAGUCAAAGAGGAGUGCUGCUGGUGGAGAGAUCACCAGAAAGUUCUCCACGAACCACAACACCUUCACGGUUGGGGGGUCUUAUGCCCUUGAUGAUCUCACGCUCGUGAAGUUGAAGCUCAAUAACCAUGGCACACUAGGGACUGUUUUGCAGCAUGAAGUCAUAAGGAAAUCUCUCGUGACUAUUUCGAGUGAGCUUGAUACCAAGGCCUUAGACAAGACGCCGAAAUUUGGAGUGUGUUUUGCUCUGAAACCCUAAGAGCCUCUUGAUCUGGAGUUUGAAGCAAAUUCUUUGGUUUUUUUGAAGGAAUAAGAAACUAUAGAUUACAUAUGUGGGGGUAGUUGUUUUUCUCAUUUCUGCAACUAUCAUUUUCUUUCAUCGUUGUUGAGGCUUCUUUGGCAUGAGGAAUAUUGUUUUAGGCUAGUACAUUGUAUUGUUUUCAAGUGUUGAGUUACUUCGGCUUUAUAUACUGCUCAAUCUUUCUGCUACAAA